AUGGGCCGCGCGCCCGCGCCGCGCCGCCGCGCCGCCGCGCCGCCGUCCGCCUCGCCAUCGACGCGCGAAGGCGACGACGACGACGACGCCGAGACGAGGACGACGACGAGGACGUCGAAGACGAAGACAGUCUUCGUCACCGUGGGGACGACAUCCUUCGACGCGCUCGUCGCCGCGCUCGACACCGCGCGCGUCGGGGAGAUCUUGACGCGCAAAGGGUUCAAACGCGUCGUGAUGCAGACGGGGAAGGGAUCGCACGGCGCGCCGAGGACGCUCGCGAAGACGCGCGGGCUCCGCGUCCGCGCGUUCGCGUUCGCGCCGUCGAUCGACGACGAGAUCCGCGGCGCGGACCUCGUCGUCUCGCACGCGGGCGCGGGGUCCGUCUUCGAGACGCUGCGCGCGAAGAAGCCGCUGCUCGUCGUCGUGAACGACGCGCUCAUGGGGAACCAUCAGCAGGAGCUCGCGGAGACGUUGCACGAGAUGGGGCAUCUGCGGUGGUGCGCGCCGGAGGGGGUGGGAGACGCGAUCGCGGCGUUCGACGAGACGUCGUCGAAGCCGUACCAGCCGGGCGACCCGGCGGAGGUGCAACGCGCGAUCCGAUCGAUGUUACUACGGCGAUGAGAGGCGUCGUGUUAGGUUUUAGACUACGACUACAUGUACAACUACCGCGCGUGAUGCUAUCGCU